AUGUUACCAAUUCACGUUGCAGCUGAGCACGGCCACAAAGAUAUGGUGGAGUACCUUUACGAAGUCACCAAAGAUGAAUUAACAGAAAAGGAUCGCAUCGAAUUGAUUCGCAAUCUCAUCAGUAGAGCUGAUUUGUUUGAUGAGGCGCUGCAGUUGCUAAAGGAACACCCAAAAUUAGCCAUGGAUAAUUUAGGGUAUGAGUGGAGGAGGGAGACAGCAUUGCAUAUCUUGGCUGGAACACCUAUGAUGCCUCCUAACUUAGCCAAUCAAAAUCAGCAAGGAAUUUUGAAGAGAUACUUCAACAUAUUUCCAACAUUUGUUGCUGUUAUCAAUUUUACAACAGCAGUUUCCGAUAGCGACAAGUUGCCCGCCCAUGAAAAGCUAUCCCCACAAACAAAGGAACUACUCCAUCUCCUUUUGAAAAAUGUAGAUUAUGGUGACACCUGGAUUGAUGAAGUAAUAAAUGUUGCUGUCGCACAAGACAACAUCGAACUUUUAAGCAUGAUUAUUUGUCAUUAUCCAGAGUUGAUAUGCAAAGUUGACGGAGAUACAGAUACAUGUGGCCGAAUAUUUUGUAAUGCUGUUUGGAAACGUCGGAAGGAUAUCUUCAAACUGCUCAAAAAAAAUGUACGCCCACGAUUUCAGAGAAAAUUACUUCAAAAAGUACACCAGUACAAAGAUGACGCGGGUAACAAUAUCUUGCAUUACGCUGGAAUGUCGCCUCCAUCAGAUAAGCUCGAUACUAUUUCAGGAGUAGCUUUUCAGCUGCAGCAGGAGUUAUUAUGGUUUCAGAUUGUGAAUCCAUUGGUUGCGGAAGCUAAAAAUGAAAAAAGUCAAACUCCUAAAGCUUUAUUUAGUGAGGAGCACAAACAGUUGAAGGAAAAGGGGGAGAAAUGGAUGAAGGAUACUGCAAAUUCAUGCAUGAUUGUGGCAACCCUUAUUGCCACUGUGGUUUUUGCUGCAGCUUUCACAGUACCUGGUGGUAUCAAAGAAGAGUCGGGGACGCCUCAUUUUGCUCACAAACUUUCUUUCAAAAUUUUUGUCAUAUCAGAUGCAAUAUCUCUGGUAUUAUCCGUUUAUUCAAUCCUAACCUUCUUAUCUAUUCUUACUUCUCGUUAUGCCGAAGAAGAUUUUCUUUCCAAGCUGCCUAAAAAGUUGGUGAUGGGACUCGUAACACUUUUGUUAUCAAUAGCAGCAAUGAUGGCAGUUUUUGUUACAACUGUGUUCAUUGUCUUCAAAGUUGAAAAAAUUUGGGUUCGUGUUCUUCUUUGUUUGAUUGCUUCUUUACCUGUCAUCGAGUUAGCGAAGCAAAGCUGUCCACUCCUGUUUGAUGUUGUGCGUUUAAUGUUUAAAAGAAGUUUUCUUUUCGAGGAUAAAUUUUGGAACUGGCUUAAGGCAAAAUACAUGUACUUUGGGUAUGUACGCCGAAGAUGUUACCGGCGCUGUCGUAAUUCUUUCUGGUCAAUCCGCCACACGGUUCCUGUUAGUAAGGGUACGAAAAUGUAA